UAAAAAAAAAAAAAAAAACCACCAACACAGUUAGGCUUGGGUGGGUAGCGGUGUAAUUUUGAGAACGGGAACACACUGGCACACGCGGUAUUGGCCGAUUACGCGGUCCCAUAAAUGUUGAGAUCCAGUUUCUCAUCCGAAUGCCAUUCCGCUCACCUUCUUCAACGAUCCUCCAUGUCCACAAAUCUUUCCGUUUCUUCUUCUUCUUUGACUUUUUAAACAAGGAACAAAGAGUGUGAUGAACAGAAAACAAACUUGAUUGCAGAGAUCGCAUGCCAUUUGCUUGUAUACACACCAAUUUCAGGUGAUUCUCCUCCCUCUUCCCUUCUCUCUCUCUUACAUAUCUCUCUCUCACGAAGGACUUGGCAUUACAUAUGUUAGACUCAGUUCAUUUUAUGAUUCAAAGUCUGAAACUGUGAAUUUCUGUGUUUCUUGGUGAUUUAAAAGAAGAAAAAAAAUGGCUUCCAAUGCAACAGCAGCAUCAUGUCCCAAACCCAUGAAGGCUACAUCCAAUGGGGUCUUCCAGGGGGAUAAUCCUCUUGAUUAUUCACUGCCUCUUGCCAUCAUACAGAUUGUCCUAGUGAUUGUGCUCACUCGUAUUCUUGCUUUACUUUUAAGGCCAUUGCGACAGCCGCGUGUCAUCGCUGAGAUUGUUGGAGGCAUACUGCUGGGACCAUCAGCUCUGGGUCGAAACACGCACUAUCUGAAUAGUAUUUUCCCAGCGAGAAGUCUCACAGUGUUAGAUACUUUAGCCAAUCUUGGGCUUCUUUUCUUUCUGUUCCUUGUUGGCCUUGAGUUAGACCUGAAGUCCCUUCGUCAGACAGGAAACAAGGCUUUAAGCAUAGCUGUCGCAGGAAUUAGCUUACCCUUUGUAUUAGGAAUUGGAGUAUCAUUUGUUCUUCGUAAAACUAUCUCUGAAGGUGUUAAAGAAGCUCCAUUCCUUGUCUUCAUGGGGGUGGCUCUUUCUAUCACUGCUUUCCCUGUCUUGGCUCGUAUUUUGGCAGAACUCAAGCUCUUAACCACUGAUGUUGGUCGAAUGGCAAUGUCAGCAGCAGCCGUAAAUGAUGUUGCAGCAUGGAUUUUACUUGCUCUUGCCAUUGCCCUGUCUGGAACUGGACAUUCACCCCUCACAUCCUUAUGGGUGCUUCUAUCUGGGGCUGGAUUUAUUAUCUGUUGCGUUGCAAUUAUCCCUCCUGUCUUUAAAUGGAUGACGCACCGUUGUCCUCAGGGUGAGCCAGUAAAUGAGAUGUAUGUCUGUGCUACAUUAGCUACUGUUUUGGCAGCGGGGUUUUGCACUGAUUCUAUUGGAAUUCAUGCCCUUUUUGGUGCAUUUGUUAUUGGAAUUCUUGUCCCAAAGGAGGGACCAUUUGCUGGUGCUCUAGUUGAAAAAGUUGAAGAUCUUGUAUCUGGUCUCUUCCUUCCGCUGUACUUUGUCUCUAGCGGAUUGAAGACCAAUAUAGCAACAAUUCAUGGAGCUCAAUCAUGGGGUUUAUUGGUUUUAAUCAUAAGCACAGCCUGUUUUGGGAAGAUAGUUGGAACUGUAGUUGUUUCUCUCUUAUGCAAAAUCCCUAUCCGGGAAGCUAUAACUCUGGGGUUCUUGAUGAAUACUAAAGGCUUGGUGGAGCUUAUUGUCCUCAACAUAGGUAAAGAUCGAAAGGUCCUGAACGAUCAAACAUUUGCAGUAUGCGUUCUGAUGGCCAUCUUCACAACCUUUAUCACAACACCUAUAGUUAUAGCGGUAUAUAAACCAGCGAAACAAGCGAUUAUAGCAGAUUAUAAGCACAGAACAAUUGAGAGAAAAGACCCAGAUACUCAGCUUCGGAUUUUGUCAUGCUUCCACAGUACAUGGAACAUCCCUACAUUGAUCAAUCUCAUUGAGGCUUCACGUGGAACUGAGAAGAGGCAAGGACUGUGUGUCUAUGCUCUGCACCUUAUGGAGCUCUCUGAGAGGACAUCUGCAAUCCUUAUGGUCCAUAAGGCAAGAAAGAAUGGACUACCCUUUUGGAAUAAGUUGCGGCAGUCUGAUACCAACCAAGUCGUUGUUGCCUUUGAGGCUUUCAGGCAGCUGAACCGUGUGUUUAUUCGUCCAAUGACAGCAAUCUCGGCAAUGCAUGACAUGCAUGAGGAUAUCUGCACCAGUGCUGAAAGGAAAAGGGCUGCAAUGAUAAUCCUCCCAUUCCACAAGCAUCAGAGGUUGGAUGGCACAUUGGAGACAACUCGAAAUGAGUUUCGUUGGGUCAAUAAGAGGGUUCUAGAGCACUCUCCAUGCUCAGUUGGGAUUUUGGUGGAUCGUGGGUUCGGUGGAGGCACACAUGUAUCUGCAAGCAAUGUUUCCUCCACUGUGACGGUCUUAUUCUUUGGGGGGCAUGACGAUCGUGAAGCUCUUGCUUAUGGUGCAAGAAUGGCUGAGCACCCUGGAAUCAGUUUAAUUAUCGUUCACUUCAUACCAAGCAAUGAUAUUAUGGGGCAGAUGGUCAAAGUUGAUAUAACUGAUGAAUCCAGUAUUUCAUCAGAAUCAGCUGAUAAAACAUUUCUAGCUAGCUUCAAGAAGAGUUCAGAUAACAACUCCAUAAAAUUUGAAGAGAGACCAGUGAAUAGUGCUAAAGAAAUUGUUGAAAUAGUUAAGGAGUUCAGUCGCUGCAAUCUGUUUGUUGUUGGUCGAAUGCCUGUGGGUCCUGUAGCUGCAGCUUUGACCGAAAAGGCCGAGUACCCUGAGCUGGGUCCUGUAGGCAACCUCUUGACUUCGAAUGGUUUUACAACUUCAGCAUCUGUCCUGGUGGUGCAGCAAUAUAAUGGUUCAACAACCUCUCAACUCAGUUCCAGCAGCUCCACAAAGAUUGUAGAGUUGCCUGAGGAUGAUUCUGAAACUGGGUAGAUUAUCUUCCUUAUUGAUUCGACCUAUUGGUAAUGGGUGUAUGGUAUGGACUUAACCAUGGAUGAUGUUGCAAAGAUUGCCAAAGAGCAUUUCUUUCCUUCACAUGAGGGGGAAAAAAAGAGAACAGGUGCAAAAUUUGUUAGCAGAAAUCAGGCUAAUUAUUAGAUGCACCCGGAGUACUAAAAAACAAUGCUCCCUCUCACAUAGAAAAGUAGGCCCUACUUACAAUAUAGAGAGUAGGUCUUAUAUGAUUGUGAGAGAUGGUGUAUAUGCACCGGGUGCACCUAAUAAUUUCUCCAGAAAUCGGGGAUUAAAAGAAAACUGACCGAUAUAAUAUAUUUCAACUAAAAAAUAAAGAGCCAUGCUUUGUUUCUUA